AUGCCGGACGAGUCGAAGGGGAAGAGCUUCCCCGACGUCUCGGCGAAACUCUCCGCGCUUCCAAAGAAAUCACUUUUUGAGCGUCAAAAAGCCGAAGCGGAGGCCAAACGCGCCCGGGAAAAAGCAGAGACAGCUGCAGUCUACGAAGAGUUUGUCAAAUCAUUCGAAGACGAGGAUCCAGUUGUACCGCAGUCAUUGGAUGGAGGAUGGAACACAUCUAGUCGCAGGGGUGGUCCUCCCAAGCGUCAUUUCGCAGCUUCCUCUUCACGAGGUAGUGGCCAUGGACCCUUAGUCCCCCCGCCGCCCUCACUUUCACAAAAACGUUCCCACGAAAACUUCCCCCCCCUCCCGGCACUUGAUGAAGAGGAGAGGGCAGCUCCCAAACCCACGUUGUAUCUCGCAUCACUUCCUCCCGGGACAUCUCUGUCAGUGGUCAAGGCAUUGAUCCCCUCGACCCUGAGUGUGGACAAUAUUAAGAUUAUCCCGCCACCCGGACAAUUGCCAACCCACCGGGAGUCCUCUUCUGCUCUCGUCACCCUCGCAAGCGACUCAGCUGCCUCUAAUAUCGACUCAGCUGUGAGCACCCUGCAGAACAAGUACCUUGGCUGGGGGUACUACCUGACCCUCUGUCGACAUCUUUCCUCUACUGCGAUCAAUCCAAACGUGCCUUUGCCCAUUAGCCUCCCAUCGACUACUACCUCUCUUCCGUUUGGCGCAACGCCUAUUCCACCGAGUUCCGGCACAAGCUUGAAUCGUGCUCCACCACCAGGGUCACAUCGCGGGGGAUUCGCACCCCCAAGCUCGUAUGGAUCAAGCGUUGGUAGAAAUGGCCCAACCCAUCAGUUACAGGUGCAGCUACCGACAGACAUAAGAGUGUUAAGACAGAUACACAUGACUAUUGAGAAACUCGUGAAAAGAGGUCCUGGAUUUGAGGCAUUGUUGAUGAGUCGGCCAGAAGUCCAGAUGGACGAAAAGUGGGCCUGGUUGUUCGAUCCAAGAUCGCCUGGUGGUGUAUACUACCGGUGGAAGUUGUGGCAAAUUAUCACCGAUCCCAAAAAAAAGAGCAUCAAUAAGCCGGCGAUCAUCUUUGAAGGCGGUCCGCUCUGGUUACCCCCGAAACAACGCCUCAAAUUUGAGAACGUUACUCGCUUGGACCAAUUUGUCUCACACCCAGACUACAACUCAUCUGACGAAGAACACUCGGAUGGAGAAGAUGAAAGACGGAAUUUUGGUGGAGCAGCUCCAGACGGAACCCACACACACAGCGAUGAACCUACCUCCUUGAACCCCCUGAAGAUGGCCAAGCUUACUCAUCUUCUGGCACGACUUCCGACAACCAAUGCAAAGCUUCGACGAGGAGAUGUUGCGCGAGUUACAGCAUUUGCCAUGGAUCACGUGGCGUUGGGGGCGUCUGAGGUUGUCGACAUGGUUAUUCGAAACGUCUUUUGCCCUCUAGCCUACACGGGGGCCAACCCAAACCGUGACCAGGAAAGGAAUGCUGCCAGAAUAGCGACCACAGACAAAGACAGCGCCACCUCAUCUGAAGAUGUAUUGGACAUGUCCUCCGCGAAGCUGGUUGCUCUUAACAUAAUAAAUGAUAUUCUUUGGAAUUCGGCCAAUUGUGGCGUGCGCCAUGCAUGGCGAUAUCGACAGUUGUUUGAAACCGCUCUCCGCUCCCGUAAGGUGUUUGAACACCUUGGCCGACUUGACAAGGACCUCAAAUGGGGACGACUGAAAGCAGAGAAGUGGAAGCGCAGCGUUGGCGCUCUUUUAAGCCAGUGGGAAGGGUGGUGUUGUUUUACGCAAUUGAACCAGGAGCACUUCACCCAAGUGUUUGAAAAGCCACCGCUUACAGAAGCUGAAUUACAGACCCAGAAGGAGACGGAGAAGGCCCAUGCAGAGCAAGCUGCUGUUGCGUUUGCCAAAAGCAAGAGUCGAUGGAAGACAGUUGAUGAUGAGCGGGGUGGAAAGUUUGAUCCUACUCGCCCUGCGAAUGACAACAAGCUAUCUACUACCUUCGUCCACGCAGUGGGCGAAUCAAUGAAUGAAAAGGAUGGUACUGCAAUGGAUAUCUGUGACCUGAAGAACGUUGAUGGGGUGUUCAUGCUCAAGGCAUCGGGCGAUGAAGAUACCCAAACCGAGAACACCCAGCAGCCACCUCAGCAACCACUUCAGCACCCAACUCAAUCUGACAAAUCCGAACAAUCAGCUGGGCAGCAGGAGCCAGAAACACGGCGCCGAAAGCCACGGCCCAAAGCUGAAGACAUGUUCGCGUCGGAUUCGGAGUAA